CGAGGCUCGUCGCCGGCUUCAUAGCGCUCCAGAACACCCACUGCUAACCUCAGAAAUGCCCCGUUUGUUUAGACAUUGGUCCACAAUGUGUGUUGUGUGAUACUAUGCCAUGAAACCCAGCAAAAACAUCUUUAUAAAACCCGCUUGCAGAAGUUCAACCCCGCUGUGAAGAUGAGACCAUGGUUCCGGUACUGACUUCAAAAAGAGCCAGUGAACUACCCAUUAAUGAGGUUGCAUGUGUACUACAGGCUGACCUACAGUUUGGUCUCAGCCAGAAGGAGGUUGAACGACGACGAGCCUACCACGGAUGGAAUGAGUUUGACAUUAGUGAAGAUGAACCUCUCUGGAAAAAAUAUAUCUUACAGUUUAAGGACCCACUCAUACUGUUGCUGUUGGCGUCCGCUGUUAUCAGCGUGUUAAUGCGGCAGUUUGACGAUGCCGUCAGUAUCACCGUGGCCAUUAUUAUCGUCGUUACAGUUGCCUUUAUACAGGAGUACCGAUCAGAAAAAUCCCUGGAGGAACUUGGGAAACUUGUGCCUCCAGAAUGCCACUGUGUUCGAGAAGGGCAUCUGGAGCACCUUCUGGCACGAGAACUUGUCCCUGGAGAUACCGUCUGUCUGUCUGUGGGAGAGAGAGUCCCGUCUGACCUGCGCCUGUUCGAGGCUACGGAUCUGUCGGUUGAUGAGUCCAGUCUGACAGGAGAGACCACCCCAUCCAACAAGACCUCAGCCCCUCAACCGGGUGCCACCAAUGGCGACAUCACGUCCCGCAGUAACGUUGCCUUCAUGGGUACUUUGGUGCGCUGUGGGAAGGCCAAGGGAAUUGUCAUUGGUACUGGAGAAAAUUCAGAGUUCGGAGAGGUUUUCAAGAUGAUGCAAGCGGAGGAGGCUCCUAAAACUCCCUUACAGAAAAGCAUGGAUUUGCUGGGAAAACAGCUCUCCCUCUAUUCCUUCGGGAUUAUCGGGGUGAUCAUGAUGGUUGGAUGGUUGCAGGGGAAGAACAUUCUAGACAUGUUCACCAUAGGCGUCAGUUUGGCUGUGGCAGCUAUCCCAGAAGGCCUACCUAUCGUGGUGACGGUGACGUUAGCACUGGGCGUGAUGAGGAUGGUAAAGAAAAGAGCAAUCGUGAAGAAGCUGCCUAUAGUGGAAACGCUGAGCUGCUGCAAUGUCAUCUGCUCAGAUAAGACUGGCACGCUUACCAAAAAUGAGAUGACGGUCACUCACCUGUUCACUUCUGAUGGACUGCACGUUGAGGUCACCGGUGUGGGGUACAACAGUGCCGGUGAGGUCAUGGUGGACGGAGAGAUGGUGCACGGUUUCUCCAACACCUCCAUCAGCAAGAUUGUUGAGGCUGGCUGCGUGUGCAACGAUGCAAUGAUCAGGAACAACACCCUGAUGGGACGUCCCACUGAAGGUGCCCUCAUCGCCUUGGCCAUGAAGAUGGGUUUGGAGGGCCUGCAAAAGGAGUUUGUGCGGUUGGAAGAAAUUCCCUUCUCCUCGGAGCAGAAAUGGAUGGCUGUGCGGGCUGUCCACCGUACUCAGCAGAACAAGCCGGCUGUGUUCUACGUGAAGGGCGCCUACGAGCAGAUCAUUCGUUUCUGCACUUCCUACAACAGUAAAAGUGUUACACUGCCUCUGACCAAUCAGCAGAGAGAACUCUAUCAGCAGCAGAAGAGCUACAUGGGCAGCGCUGGCCUUAGAGUGCUUGCGUUCGCGUCGGGAUCUGAAAUGGGCGCUCUCACCUUCCUGGGGCUUGUGGGCAUGAUUGACCCGCCCAGGGUGGGAGUGAAGGAGGCUGUGGCGACGCUCACCAGCGCUGGUGUGGCUGUGAAGAUGAUCACAGGGGACUCCAAAGAAACUGCUGUGUCAAUUGCCAGUCGACUGGGUAUGUGCAACAAUGGUUCCCAAUCCUUGUCUGGAGAUGAAGUGGACAAGAUGGACCUCCAGGAGCUGUCUCAGAUAGUAUCUAGGAUUGUGGUAUUCUACAGAGCCAGCCCGAGACACAAAUUAAAGAUAGUUAAGUCCUUGCAGAACAUUGGUGCAGUCGUUGCCAUGACGGGAGAUGGCGUUAAUGAUGCGGUCGCUCUAAAGGCAGCAGAUAUCGGCGUAGCUAUGGGUCAAACCGGUACUGAUGUCUGCAAAGAAGCUGCUGACAUGAUCCUUGUGGACGACGACUUCCAAACUAUUUUGUCUGCCAUUGAAGAGGGAAAAGGGAUUUACAACAAUAUUAAGAACUUUGUACGUUUUCAGCUGAGCACGAGCAUCGCAGCCCUCACCCUCAUCUCCCUGGCAACGCUUAUGAACUUCCCCAACCCUUUAAAUGCCAUGCAAAUCCUCUGGAUCAACAUCAUCAUGGACGGGCCGCCGGCUCAAAGUUUGGGCGUAGAGCCCGUUGAUGGGGACGUGAUCAGGAAACCCCCGCGGAACGUGCGGGACAGCAUCCUCACUCGCAGCCUGAUAGUGAAGGUCCUGGUGUCGUCUUUCGUCAUUGUGUGCGGGACUCUGUUUGUGUUCUGGAGAGAGCUGCGGGACAAUGAGAUCACUCCACGGGACACCACCAUGACGUUUACCUGUUUCGUGUUUUUUGACAUGUUCAACGCUCUCAGUUCCCGAUCACAGACACGGAUGGUGUACGAGAUGGGCUUAUGCAGUAACAAAAUGUUCUGCUACGCUGUCCUGGGCUCCAUCAUGGGCCAACUUAUGGUCAUCUACUUCCCUCCUCUACAGAAAGUCUUUCAAACUGAGAGCCUAAGCAUUUUAGAUCUGCUGUUCCUGGUCGGCCUCACAUCUUCUGUGUGCGUAGUGUCCGAGGUUAUAAAGAAAUUGGAAAGAAUCAGAGGUGGGGAGAGAACGACAGACGCUGACGAUUUCCACGAAGUAUGACACACAUUGUGUCUUUUACAUGAGAUGUCGGGCUCAGCUGGAGGGAUGUGGCUUUGGCAUUUCGUCCAGGGCAGUUUCAUACCAUACAAAACAACUCUGGGAGCGGUCUGGUCCGACCUGUAUGUCCCGGUUCCUUUUAUAAGGUCUUGACGAGAUGGAGCAGAUUUUGGAGGAAUUUGGAAGCCCUGCCUGAGAUGUUGUCUUGGACCCUCCACUCAGUUCAUGGAGAUGCUUUGGUGCGCUGCUCUACGACUGUACUGAUUUCCAUGGCAUCUUGAAAGAACUUUAUUUAUGAGAUACUGUAUCUGUCCAUACAGUGGCUUUCCUGACUUCAUGAUUGAAGGGAUGUAUUAUGAUUUAUUUUUUAAAUGUUAUUAUAAUUAUUAAAAUGAUUUUGUCUUUUAAAUAUCUUUACUUUGAGCAUUUCUGGUUAGAGGUUUGUGGAUCAAUAUGGAUAAUGCCUUUUUGCAUUCCAGAAUCCCAAUUCUGCUUUAUUUUUAUUGCAUUUAAGAACUCGGUAAGCCUGUGUUCUCCUUAACCAUGAAUCAACGUUUUACUGGUGAAACAACCACUUAAAAUCAUGUUGGGGUCAUGUGUGGAUUACAACACAUUUGAUAUGCUCAACGGUCACGUAUUCUACUUAGCAAACAGUUGCCGUAUUCACUUUAUAAUGCCAUAUUUUACAUCUAUAGAAAAUUCUCUCUGAUCCUAAAAGAUGACUUGGUGAUGGGACAAAACAAACAAUGGGUGCCGUUUUAUGAUAGCCUCUAAGGUACAUGCACUAUUAUCUCUAUGCCCUUAUAUUAGACGUUUUAAGUUCAACACAAUUGGCUUGUAGAAAUACAUAUUCAUCAGUUCCUCUGUAUUUACUCACUACUUAUGUUAAUACACUGGUAUCAGAGACGUCUACAGUAGGUUCUUGCCUUUUCUUUGGCUUUUCCUGUACUGUUAUUUAUUUUCUCACCAGUUUGGUGAGCUUUAAUACAUUGUGAUUUGUUUUAUUCAACUUUACAAGCCUGUUUGGUAAAAUGUUGGAAUACAGAGUUGUUUUACUUAUGAACCAUCCCCCCAAAAAUUCUCAGUGCAGCCGGCCAACAUUGUUAUGGGCAUUCUCCCAAGACUGGUGGCUUGUUACUGUGAUGCAGGUAAAGAGUUUUUGCAGUAUCUGAGUAUAAUACUUCUCUGUAUUGCAGAUAGUGGUUUGAAAUGGUGGCAGUCAUUGUGGAUUGAACUAAUGUAACUGUUCCUCACCCAUGUUUACAGCAUUGCUUUUGCUCUAAAAGCAAACACAGUAACGCACUGACAUUAAGCAGUAUAAUGAAAAGAAAAUGAAGGGUGACAGGUGAAAAUCUUAAUUUUUUGUUUUCUAUUUUUAUGAUUGUAUUUAUUUUAUUGUGGUUUGCACAGCUGAAACCAGUAAUCUGUUGUGGUCAUUUCAGAACACAAUUGUACAAUAAAAAUUUUACAGGUUUAUUUGA